AUGAUAAAUUUGGGCAUCUUGCUCAUCUGUCAUGGUUCGGAGACCCACGAUUCGCCGUCUGUUAUUCUCAGUCCUGUCUCCUCUGUCGUCGCAAAACGUCGCGGAACCUAUGCUUCGGUCAAUAUCACCACCCUCUUCCUCAACAACUAUGGACAUGCGGAGUUCCUCAAUGAGCAAAAUCCUCAGUCUGACAGUACCUCGGUCAUGUGGAAUGGCUUUCGGAUCUUUAACGAUAGCAAAUUCUUCUCAUAUCUCAACAAUACUCAUAAUAAAGAGAUCUAUGCGUUCUGGAAACUUGUAUUGGCUGGACACAAAUGGGAGCUCGUUUAUGCCCAUUUUCACAGCCUCUAUGUCGAUGUCCCGGAUGAGGCGGCACAGAGGCUCAAGGCAUCACUUCAGGCUGUUGAGCAUCGAAUUUGGAGAGAUGCCAUAGAGACUGCACGCAUGUAUUGCAUGGAGACAGCAGCUCAGGGGAGGAUGAGAUGCAUUCGACAUCAUGUUACCAAUUACAAGUACCUUGGGGAGCCAGAGACAUGGGUAGAACAGAUGGAAAACUCAAGUUUCGAGGAUAAAGUUGCACUUAUCCUUUCAGCUCGACGCUUCAACCUUGAUGGUCAAGUAAAUACAAUGCUUAAGGAACAUGCACGGGCACAAUAUCAAGCAGGAUCCACUGCCCUCAGCGAGUUCAACGUCUCUGAAGGGAAUCACUUUGCAUUGAAGGAGUAUCAAUGUGAACCCGACCCCAUCAUGGAGCCCAAAUGGGACGCACUAAAAGAUUGGGAUGCGGCAGACCGCAGGGAUGUCGGAAAUGUGCUAGAUUCACUUUAA